AGAGCGCACUUAUUUUUAACCCAUACCAAUGAUCAUUUGAAUGCGUAUUCUCCGCUGCUGCUGGCGGUGCUGCUGCUGCUGCUGCUUGCCAUUGCCGUUAGUACAGGCGCGCAAAGCAUCUUGGGAUAUGUGAGGCCACGAAGGAUGGUAGUGAUGCAUCCUCCGAAUUCAGGGAAAAGUGGGACGCAUUAGAAGGGCGCAUUUUAAGGACCCUUCGAUUUUUGGCGAAUUGGGACAGCCUUCGCGCAGCGUUGUGACGAAAUCAUGGCAGACCUUGGCAUCAAAGCAGGAGACAAGGUGCUGUUUGUCUGGGCUCAGCCCUCAACGCCAGCAGCCCUGACUCAGUAUGUGGAGGAACUGGGUGCCACUGUGGGUGCAGAGGGCAAAGUGUCAGUGGAGAACAUGGAGAGACUGCUGAUGUCCUCCCAUUCAGCAUCCACCUUUGACUGGGUGCUCUCUUGCCUUCUGGCUGACAGCUCCUCCAUCCACAGUUCAGAGACUCUAGCUGAAAUGGCCAGAGUGCUCAAACCCGGUGGGAAGCUAGUUCUGGAUGAACCAAUAACCGGAGUUGAGAUGCAAAAUGUGAAGACUUCUGAGAAGCUGGUGUCAGCUCUGAAGUUGUCAGGCUUCAUGUCAGUGACUGAGCUCAGCAAAGCAGAACUGAGUCCACAGGCACUGAGCUCCCUCAGGACGGCCACCGGUUACCAAGGAAACACCCUGUCUAAAGUCCGCGUAUCUGCCUCUAAACCCAACUUUGAGGUGGGAUCAUCCAGCCAAAUUAAACUGUCCUUUGGGAAGAAGACACCGAAGCCAGCAGAGAAACCUGCUCUGGAUCCCAACACUGUCAAAAUGUGGACACUCUCAGCCAAUGACAUGAAUGAUGAUGAUGUGGAUCUGGUGGACUCUGACGCUCUGCUGGAUGAAGAUGACUUGAAGAAGCCAGAUCCAGCUUCUCUUAAAGCUCCAAGCUGUGGAGAAGGUGCUGGAAAGAAGAAGAAAGCGUGCAAGAACUGCACGUGUGGUCUUGCUGAGGAGCUGGAGCAGGAGAGUGCAGGGAAACAGAAGACUAAUCUACCAAAAUCUGCCUGUGGAAGUUGUUACCUUGGUGAUGCGUUCAGGUGUGCCAGCUGUCCGUACCUGGGCAUGCCAGCCUUCAAACCGGGAGAGAAGAUCGUGCUGGACAACAACACGCUGACGGACGCUUGAACCUGCAGAGAUCACACAUUUAUCACCCGUGCUUUCGAAACAUUACAUUCCUUACUCCUCCAUCCAUCCUGAGAUGCCCCUGAACACUCGACCGCCUCUGCUACAGUGACUGGAGUUUCAUCAGUGGACGUCUCUGCUGAUGUGAUGGGACUCUCUGUCUGUCUGUGUGGAGCUCAGUGAGACGCCUUCUGUUUGAUGACUUCAGAGUUUCAGAUUACAACACACAACAUCAUGUUUUGUCUGUGAUUCACCAGCGUUGAUUGUCGUGCUCUUCUGUCACAACAACAGCAACAGCGAGAGCAGACUUUCUUAAUUUGGCACUGCAGCUUCGACAGUGAGGAGCAAAGGGAUUUGAAGGAAAUGGGAAAAAAGGCCACUGGCUUUGCAGUUUCACUCCUGCUGCUGUUAAUCCUGAAAAUGAUGGUGUGAGAGUGAGUUUCUCUGAAGCAUCUAAAAGCACUGAAAUGCAUUUGUUCUUUUCAUUUACAAUUCUAUUUACAUCUGAUCACUGAAGUAAUAAUGUUCACCAGUACAGUUACAGCUUUCAGAGGUCCGUACACAAAGGACACAACCUGAUUCCAUCUUAUUUAUGUAUAUAAAGGUUUGGCAAUAAGAGUCGCUGCUGUCUUUUUGUGUUUGAUUUCAAUACAAUAAACUAAAGCCGGACUUAG